CGUCAACUUGCUCUCCUCAUACCGUUGCCAAGAUGACUCGAAGCGGCAAGCAGCUGGAGUUGAUGCAAACGCUGUUGAUUGCUUUGCCGUCUUUUGUUUUAUUCGGCUGGAAUCAGGCGGGUGUUGGAGGAUUGCUUUCCAUCGAGAGCUGGCUCCACACCUUCCCUGAGAUUGACGUCGUACAUGCACAUGGACAGCAGAAAGCCACGAAAAGCACGAUUCAGGGCACCAUCGUUGCUACAUGCACUCUCGGAGCUCUGUUCGGUUCGCUCGCAUGCGCAUCCAUCGGAGAUAUUCUGGGACGACGCAAGACCGUGUUGCUCGCUGCGAUACUGACGUUGAUUGGCGAAGUGCUUGAAUGUACUUCCUUCGGCCUGGUCCAAUUCACCAUCGGCCGAUUCGUCGUCGGUUUGGGCGUUGGAGCGUUGAGUACGACUGUCCCGGUUUGGCAGUCGGAAUGCUCGAGAGCAAAGAACCGAGGACAGCACGUUAUCGUUGAUGGCAUAUUUAUUACGAUUGGAUUCGUUCUGCAAGUACGGCCUCCCCGCCCGCAUGACUGCUGGAUCAACCUCGGAUUUUAUCAAUUGAAACGUGGAUCACUUUCAUGGCGGAUGCCUCUCGCGCUCCCAGCCAUCAUAUCUCUGGUUCUCAUCGCUUCUGUUUACCUGGUACCGGAAUCUCCGAGAUGGCUUGCGUCCAAGGGUCAUGUGGAGCAUGCUCGCAACAAUCUGUCAAAGCUACGAGACGAGCCUGUUGAAAGCUUCGAGAUUGCAACAGAGAUGAACGCCAUCGAGCUCACAUUGGAAUCUACCAAAUCUGCGGCUAAGAAGCGUGAUCUAUUCAAAAUGGGGGAAGACAAGGCACUUUACAGGUUCUUACUCUGUCUGGCGAUCCAAUUCUUUCAACAAUGGUGUGGAAGCAAUCUGAUCAGUUCCUACUCGACAAUAAUAUUUGAACAAGGCCUUGAUCUGGACCACCAAACCGCACGCAUCCUAUCCGGAGGCUGCCUAACCUGGAAAUUUCUUUCGUCGUUCGUCGCCUUUUAUACCGUCGACCGCUUCGGACGCCGCAAGCUCUUUAUGUUCAGUGGGUUUGGCAUGUCGAUGUGCAUGACUGCUCUGGCCAUCACCAACAGCUUCCCCAGGAGCAACAAGCCGGCCCAGAUCGCUUCAGUACUAUUCGUGUUCCUCUUUAACUUCUUCGUUCCCAUUGGUUUCCUUGGAUGCAAUUACCUCUAUGUGACCGAGGUUGCUCCAACUCGUCUCCGCAUGCCAAUGGCCAGCUUCUCGACCGCCAAUCACUGGCUUUGGAACUUUGCUGUGUUGAUGAUCACACCAGUGGCGAUCACUGAGCUUGGGUACCGAUACUAUAUCCUCUACGCCAUCCUCGGGGCCUGCAUCCCAGCCAUGGUCUUCUUCUUCUAUCCAGAGACAAUGGGCCGGUCGCUUGACGACAUGGAGAAACUGUUCCGGGACCAUGAUUCCGUUUUUGGAGUUGUGAAGGCUUCGUUGACACCGCAAGAUCCAGAGGUCGCUCGCUUGGCUGAGGUCACCGCUCGUAAGGAGUACGACAACAAGAUCUUUGAUGAGUCCGAGACAAUCGAGAGGCGGGCCUGA